CGAUUCGUGAUCAGUUCCUUUCAGAUCUGUCAAAAGGGAUUUCAAGUUCGAUAGAGAAAACAAAAGCAAAACGAGGCGAAAUCAAGAAUAACAACACAUGAAUUAACUGUUAAAUGUAAAAUGGUUUCAGAAUCAAAAAGAAUAAAAUAUAAAUAGAGGAUAAACAGGAUCACUGGCCCUGUGAGCCCGGAACAGUUCAAGAGUUUUUCUAUAGUAUUCCAUUGAAUUAGCUUUCAGUUCACACAUCGAAUGCACUUUAUACACAGAUCGAGCAUUUCUCACUUUAAACAUUCAAUUCAAUCAAAUAAAUUCAUCACAAUUGAAGCGGAAACAAGGGCAGAAUCAGAAUCAUGCACACACAGCUAUAACAUGCAUACUCACAUACAUAUAUUAAAUAUGACAAAAUUUAUAUUUACACACAUCAAAUGCCGAACUAACGGGGACGAUGCUAAGGAUGUAAUAGUCAAAAGUAGUUGAUCGAAAAACAAAGUGGAGGAGGAGAGGAGCAGAAGUGAAGAACAAUUAAGUAAAUCAUUUAUAAUAGCAAGAAAAAGGUCUUUAUAUAACUAUUUAUAGAAAUAUACGCUAUCUACUAUACAUAUGUGUACAUUAAAUACAAUCUAUGAAUAAUGAAACCAGAAUGGCGAAGUGUGUAAAAUUGUGCAUUCGUUCAUUAAAACAAAAGGAUGAAAGUAAACACCGAAAAAACAAUACAGAUAUAUAUCUAUAUAUACUCAAUCGGCCUUUUCCGCGAUGCAUUGCCACGCGGAAAUUGGCUGGAAGCCCACAACACAAGUAAAUGCUAUCGAACAAGAAAACUAUUAAUUAAUUAUGGACAAAACUAUAAAUAUUUUAAUACUUAAAGCAUUAUUAACAGAAGUAUAUUUUAAACAUUAUUUAUGCGACUUACUGCAGGAUACAACAUAAAUAAACCCAGCAUAAUAAUAGAUGAGUACAUACUACAGUAACAAUAACUACCGAUCGAUUAAAGAAGCCGCCACCAUCCUAGACACCCAAACCAAACAGGUUCAUUUACGAUCAAUCUGCUUCAAGACCUAAGAUCUGCCAUAAUGCCAUAAUCCAAUCCGGAGCACACUGAUCCAAGCGUAACCAACCAGUAGGAGCAAAGGCAGAUUAGUUAGAUCCAGAGCGCGGCGAGAGGCUAACAAUAAGAUGAGAUGGAUGGGAUAGAUGAGAUGGAGGUAUAAAUCGUAAUAACAGAAAUAUCAACCACCCUAGUAUUAAUUAAUUAUUGCCAGUUUCAAAAUAUGGGCAAGCAGUGUACAUUUUGUUUCGUUUGCCAAACAUAAAAAUAAAUAUGAAAAUAAAAAUGAAAAUGAAAAUAAAAUAAAAACUGGGCGUCGCUGAUGGGGCGACAUAAGCGCAUUGAUGAUAGGUGAGGCGGGGACUUAUAGUAAACGAGGAGCAGGAAAUUGGAUAUAGAGAAUCGGAGGAGAUUAUAAACCAUGGUUAUAAUUACAACAAUUAAAUUAUUAUUAAUAAUAAUUAUUAUACACAAAAACUUAUGCAAAUGUGUAAUAGGUAUAUAAACAAAGAACAACUGGCAAGUUAAAUAAAACAAAACAAAGCAAACAAAAAAAUUAUGAAAAACUAAAAAAAAAUUAACAAAAAACACAAACCACAAAAAAUGCAGAAAUAUAUAUUAUAUAUACUUUAUAGACAUUUAAACAUGAAAACAAAAACACAAAAAAGAAACUAAAAAAUAAAGUUGCAAAUAAUAAACUUUUACCAUAAAAAUAUCAUUUAGCCCCAUUGUUUCUCUCUCUCUCUCUCUUCAUUCUGAAUCCAGCGAUGUGGCAGUGCUGGCUUACAAAAUAUUGGCCACCUGGCCGAGUUGGCCAACAGAACGAAAACGAAUCUGAUUUGAAUGGAAAUCGCGGAUCGAGCGGCAGUUCGCCUCUUCAAGCCAAGCAUUUGCAUAUGGGCUCGCGUGUUCUAAGCGGCAAGUCAACAUAAAAAUUUAAAUUCAAAAUUUUCAUGCGAAAAUUAUGGCUGAAGUGAAGUGAGUGAGAGUCCCAGGGGAUUACAUGGCGAUAUGGUGUGAACUUGAGACAAGGCCAGACAAAAGACUUGGUCUCUAGAAUUCGCAAGUGACAUGGUUGUUCACUUGCUUCAAGCCAGGUUAGCAAGCCGCGCGUGGGCGAUUGAAGUGGCAGUUAUGGCCAUAAAUACAAAUAUGUUCGUUCGCGUAAGCAGAUAUUGACUGCCGCCAGUGUCGCUCAAUAAACAUGCUAGCAGAUAGCAGCAGAAAAAGCAGCAGCAGCUGCUGCAGACUCGCAACUGCCAAAUAGAUGUGCAAUAUUCGUAAUCCGUAGGUUGAACUCCGCCGCCGCUGGCCGAUCUGAUGGUGAUGUAAGCUCCGGUUCUGGGUUGCCAAUUACCGCCGACUGCCGACUGCCGACUGCCGACUGCCGUCUAACCGCCGUCUAACCAACUGUAGAAUGUAAAGCUUCUGCAGCUCGCGAAAAACUCGACCACCCACUGCCACUGCCACUGGCACUGCCAGCGGUACAGCGUCAUCAUCAUCAUCGCCGGCUGCACAGUGAUCUCUGCGAAGUUCGAUCUUGCACGCGAUGCGAAACAGUCGACAAGCGAUCGAUCGGGAAUGCCAUUCUUUGCAGCUUAAAGCGGCCGAAAUCAGGAUCAGCAUGCAGGAACUUACAAGGAUCUGCGACCUUAACGGAAACGCAGAUAGGGGAGAGCUGGGUCCAGUAGCCCCGGCUACCAACAAUCUGGACCAGCUGCUACCCAACAUAAAGCUGGAGCACGAUCCCGACCUGGAGUGCUGGCUGCCCACGCCCGAGCACCCACAACUGCGUCUGGAUCUGAACAGCACACGGCUGCUGCUGCAGGGCUCCGACGACCCACUGAUCUCGCAUGGAGCCACCAACGAUGCCCACGACGAGGACCAUCCCUUCAAGACGCUACUGGCCCGCAAAAGUGCCGGCCACGAAACCCCACACAAUGGCACCUGCAGUCCGCUGACCAAGCAGCAGCUGAAGGCCAAUCUGCUGAUGGGCAGCCGGAAGACGAACAGGCAGCCGGCGCAGGAGCAGCCACCCACAGCACCACCACAAAAGACAGCUAGGCCAGUGCACAGCCAGGGCCAAAGCCGAUCACGAAGGCGCGGCGAUGCGGGCGCCAUGAAGCUUCGCUUCCAUCACCAAGCUCUGCCCGCGGAGUAUGCCGCGCAUUACGAGGCCACACAGGGUCGCCAGCCACCAAGACCAGCGCUACCGCCGCCACCUCCUCCGCCGAGUCAGGCGCACGAGAACGUGCGCAGUUGGCUGCGGAAGAUAGCCGAGAUCCAGCGCAGUGCCGAGCGCCAGCAGCAGAAGCAGUCGUCCACUCCUCGAGCUGGAGCACCAACCUCGCGUUCCUCCCCCAUCGCAGCGACGUCAGCGGUGCCGGCCAAAGGUCCCGAGGUACCCACCGCCUCCAAGCGGAACUCCUUAAAGUACGCCGAUCUGCCUUACAUGGGUGAGAUUACGCUGGAUAACUACAAGCCACGUCGUGGUCGAAAGCCCAAGAAGGCGGACAUCUGCCACCUGAUCUACAAAAACUACGGCACCAUUGUUCCAGCAUCUGUGCCUGCGAUGCCGGUCAGUGCUGCUCCGCCGGCGUCCACCUCCACGAUUGCGGUGCCACCCGAGGAGCCGCUGAAUCUCUGCCUGCGUGACCAGAGCGGCGAUCGCUUCUCCAUCUCCAGCGGCGACAGUGAGAAGCCGAGGACUACACCAACUACGACCACUGCGACGACGGAUUGCGGCAGCUCCUCCCAUCGGACCACACCACUUAGUACGGUGAAACCAUUGACCUUGGAGCUGGCAGGCAGCGAGGAACAGCCCCUGACAGCAGCCAAGUUGCUCCUCCAGCCAGUCGGGCUGUACUACCAGCAGCUGGUGGAGUCCUGCAGCCUGGGAGGGUUGCCCGUGCCCUUGGAGACCAUCGAGAAGGACAACCAGCUAUCCCUCAAGAUUCCGAUACCAAGCGGCUUCUUUGCCAAUGAGACUACGCCCCUGGCCAUGCGGAAGAGAAAGCGGUCAGCCAUCUUCAUCCCGCCCAUGCCCGCCGAGCACUCGUCGAGUCCCUCGAACGAGGUGAGCAUCUGCAAGUUUAAGUUCACCGGCGGUGCCAAGCCCACGCUGCAGGAGAAGAAGAUGCUCUCGGUGGACGCGGAGGGCAAUUACCGGUACUACAACGGCACCGGAGACAAGACCAUGCGAGGCUACGAGUUCAUCUCCCGGGAUCAGCAGCAACAGCUGCAGCAGCACCACCAGCCGGGGCAGGGUCAGGAGAAGCUCUAUGUGGAUAUUCCAGCCCCAUCGACGGACCUCAGUCCAGAGUUGCUGCACAUAUCGCCGGAGUCGCCCACCUCAACGCUGAUCCUGCCCAGCAGUAACCAUCUGGUGACUGCCGUAGCGCCACAUAGUCCAGCCUCUCAGUGCUCCAGCUCCCAAAGUCCCAUGCCCGGAGCUGUGUGCCCCGGACACACGCAAAGCAAGUCCUCCUCAGAGAGCGAACGUAAACGAAGAUCUUCGAGGCGAUCGAAGCAGCGCGAGAAGCUGGAGAAAACCUUCAAGGAGAAAGGCUUUCUCAUCCAAACCCAGCAGCUUCAAUCCGCCGAAGGGGCUACCUAUUGCAAAUUCAGACAACUAAAGAAGUUCACGCGUUACCUUUUCCGCAACUGGAAGGAUCACAUACCCGAGAGCGAUCUGGCCAAGCACCAGAGCGCUUCUCGGGAGGAUAGGCUCUCGGGUCUGGAAACCCAAACCGCCAACCAGACGACAUAGAGUUCCCCUAAGGACAUCCAGGAAACAGCCACACACAGCACUGCCAAAGAUUUAAGUUUAAGACCAGCUAAUGGCCGGCCCAAUUUCGGUGGGCGUUGCCAGUUGAGGGUGGAGCACAGCAAUCCAUGCCGAUUCCGUCCACGCGGGCUGUCCAACAACGCGAUCAAUGAUCCUCAGCCACGCUUCCUAGUCGUUCAUCAGUUUUUCUAGUGCCUAAUAAAAUGUUAUUGUUAACAAAUAAACUCUAUGUUUAACCAUA